AUGAGUGGUUUCGAGGUAGUUGGUGUUGUUCUCGCCGUCUUCCCCCUCAUCACAGAAGCCCUCAAGUUCUAUGCUGAAGAGAGAGGUGUAGUAAAGGACUUUUUUCACUAUCAGCAUGUCUUAAAGCGCAUUAGUCGAGGUCUUGCCCGUGAGCAGGCCAGCUUUAGAAACUCCUGCAAGCGGUUUAUGGAGGACAUUGCCAAUCAAUGCGGAGUUGGUGAAGAAGAGAUAUCCGAAAUGAUGCAAGAUCCCACAGACCCCCAAUGGCGGGAAGGAGACCUCGUCCAGGAACAGGUCUUCAGCCAAAAGUCUGUGCAGCAAUAUCUGGAUACGGUGGAAGAUAUGAACGAGGAACUUGUGAAAAUCAAGGACUUAAUGGCGAAAUAUGGAGACCAUGGCCAGCAUGAACCGCUAGAUAAAAAGACUCGUCGGCGACAAUGGAAGAAGAUCAUCCUCGUGCUCAAGAAAGAUGGCAUCACCCAGCACCUUGAAGAAGCAGGACGCCUGAAUACCUUCCUGGCGCAGCUCACUGACCAAAAUAAGUCUACCAUCGUGACGCGUCGCAUCUCGCGCAGAAGUACUAAACACUACACGCGGAUCCGUUCUCAUGCGAUUGAUCUUUACGAGAUCCUUCGGGACAAAUUCCCCAUAUCACCCAGCUGCACUUGUAUGCUGAGGCACGAUGUGAACAUGAAACUAGAGUUUCGAACCCCGAAAACUCUCGCGAAAGGAUUUUGUUUCCACGCUAUAUUUAUUUCCGAUGCUUCAUUUUACUCAUCAUGGAACUGGCGGGAAAUUGAGAUGGAGCCUUGGGGGACCACGGAAAUCGACCUGUGUCAGGACACUCGGCAUACCCGAGUGAAGUUUGUCAUUGAACCACCCUCCCCGCCAGCAUCCGACUAUGAAGACAUCUCCAAUAUAUGCGCAACAAUUACGGCCCCAAUGCCACCAUCGGAGUGGCUAGGGUUUAUCACUAGUAAGAGAGGCCGACAGCAUCGUAUCAGGGCUAUAGAUCACAAGCAAAGACUACCAAACUUCAAAAGCAUCGAUACUGUGUCCCUGGCCCAAGUUCUGCGAGAUAAAGCCUUUCGUCAAGAUCACCGAUCCCGGCUAGGGCUGAAGUUGGCUUCGUCGGUAAUGCAGCUGCAUACCACAGAGUGGAUGACGGAUUACUGGAGCAAAUCAGAUAUUUUUUUCCUGCGGUCAUUGGAUAUGACAAUUGACUUCGACAGCCCAUUAAUCCGACGCAGCUUUGGAACCCAGGAAAUCGACUUGGCAUCUAUGUCGGAGAAUCUUCCGAAAUUUUACUUGAACGCGUCGAUUCCUUGCCUAUUUUCGCUUGGAAUCGUUCUCCUCGAACUAUGGUAUCGGGAAGUGUUCGAAGAACUAAAAACGGAAGUUGAGCGAAAGAUGCCAUCGGAAUUCUCCGACCCGUUAACAGCGCGACGCUUGGCCAAUGAGAUGGACUGUGGCCCGAAUUAUAGAAAUAGUGUCUUGCGAUGUGUAUCUGGGCUAGACGCGGUAUACACAUCACUAGCAGAAGACAAGUUCCGAGAUGAGGUGGAAGGGAAGAUUCUAUUUCCGCUUGAGGAGGAUCUGAAAUUCUACUGUGACAAAACUUUAGUGGAGGAUUGUAUAUGA